CUGGGAAUAGCAUCCUAGGAGGAAACACAAAGAGGAAGGGGUAGUACCCCAAGGGAGUGGGAAACAACGGGCAUCGCGACGACCGUGGGAGUCGCGGCUCUACUUCCGAAGAAACAGCACCUUAAGGGAUACCUUGUAACAAUCAGUCAGAGAAAGAGGAAGGUGUGCCGCAGAUAUGUCGAGGCCAAUACUUAGCAGGCCGCGUACGCGCGUUUACGGAUGCAAUUACGACAAGGGCGAAUCCUAUUACAAGCCAAUGGUCGACCACUUGGACAGGAAGUACUGUGCUCGACCCUUAUUCUCCGAGCCAAGAACGUCGCUAGUCGAUGAAAUCGCGGCCCGUCGAGGCGACAUCGGCUCGCGAGACCUUUCCGGUCCUCGGAACGACUCCUUCGGGCGUGACCUUGACCUCGACCUCGACCCUCGUACCCGUGCCUCCCAAGUACUAGCACCCUUGACCAGCACCGAGUACAACCCUCUUCUACUCCCUGGUGACGAGGAGGAAACCGUCUACGAUAGCCGUGGACAACGGACUCAACGCAGGUUCGCUGAUGAUUUCGCGAAUGAGGUCGCCUCAACGACGCGUCGUUUCAAGGCUAAGGUGGCAGCGAUGGAACUCGAUCAGGAAAUGGACGCCGCACUCAAUAAGAAAAUCGAGGAAACUGACUCGACGUUCAGCAAGAAACGUUCAAAGCUUUUAGCUUCCAUCGGCGAUGAGAUCGAGAAACAACCUUCCACCUCUUUGACCAGGUGGUCCAAGUUGAUAAACGACAACGAGGAGGACUCGAUGCUCUCUGGUGCGGCUGCCACUCGAGCCAGGCAAACGAAAGCACGCCUCGACGAUCUCGAGACCGAGAUGGAAGAGUUGGCCGAGAGACAAGCCAAGAGAGAACGCAGAGCUGCUGCUUUGAGGGCGCUCGUCAACGAGAGCAUCGCUGCUUCUUCUCCUCCUUCUCCUCCUCUUAUCGACGAAUAUCAACGAUCCUCUGCCGCCCUCAGUAGCAGCAGUAAAAAGAUUUCCAUGCGUAAUGAACGCACCGAAAAACACGUCACCUUCUAGUUCUCUAUCUCAUGCUCUAUUCAUUGCGGUCACGAUGCUCUUCUUGCCUCACCUCUCCCGCUAAAACUUUCCCAUUUUACGAUACAAUAUUUUAGUCGAUUUUCUUUAUUGCACAUUGCUUAAAAUCGUCUUAAAUGAGACCAUAUUAAUUGAUACCUUUUAUUAUUUCACUUCUUUAAAUAAUUUACAGGAUACAGGUAGUAGUUUUCUUAUUUUCUUUUUCAUUCAUUUCAAUCGUUCGACUUAUCCGAAACGAAAGGACGGUUUAAUUGUAUUUCUAUUAAUUAAGUGACUAUGAGUAAAAGGAUUGUGCUCUAUAGCCAAUCACGAGUUAUCUAUAACAAAAAAACUAUGACUUUAUUACGUCACCGAAAGAUCAUUGUGACCACCAUCCUCAUAUUCUUCGUUCUAUUUAAGUAAUACUUCACGAAAUUUUAUUGUUUCUGCGGGAAUACACUUCUACGUAAAAAAAAAAAAGACUAUUAAAUCGACUAUAUAUGUAUGUACCUUAAAAUACAUUGCAGUACAUAGUAAGUGUUCUUGUAAGGAUUAAACGUUAAGAAAGAAAUUACUUCUAUGUCUGCACGCUACUGUAUAUAUCUUCUUUCUUUCUCGUUUACCAAUAAAUUUUGUUGUAAAACUUGAGAAA